AUGGGGGACUAUGAGCAGAAGCCCACGCCGGAGAACAUGACCAUGAUGCAAGCAUUCGAAUGGUACGUGCCAGACGAUCAUAAGCACUGGAUCCGGCUCCACGACAACGUCCUGCAGAUGAAAGCCGUUGGGAUCGACAACAUAUGGGUCCCCCCAGGAUGCAAAGCCUCUUCCCCUUCUGGUAAUGGCUACGAUAUCUAUGAUCUAUACGACCUCGGUGAAUUCGAUCAAAAGGGAGGCAAGGCAACGAAAUGGGGUACCAAGGAAGAGCUCGUGGCGAUGGUGAAGAAGGCCAACGAGGUUGGUGUAGGGAUCUACUGGGAUGCAGUGCUCAACCAUAAAGCUGCUGCCGACCACAAGGAGAAGUGCCAAGUCCAAGAAGUCGAUUCCAACGACCGCAACAAAACCAUCUCGGACCCGUAUCAGAUCGAUGCAUGGCUAGGCUUUGACUUCCCUGGUCGAGGUGAGAAAUACUCUGCGCAGAAGUACCACUGGUUCCAUUUCUCAGGAACAGACUACAAUGCCAGCAAUAGCAAGACUGCCAUCUACAAGAUUCUCGGAGACAAGACGAAGGGCUGGGCGGUCGACGGCGAUGUCGAUUCCGAGAAUGGCAACUACGACUACCUCAUGUUCGCCGAUCUUGAUUACUCUCACCCAGAAGUUGAAAAAGACGUCCUCGAUUGGGGUACUUGGUUGAGCAAGGAGAUUAAGAUCAAGGGCAUGCGUUUCGACGCGGUGAAGCAUUUUAGUGAAGACUUUCUGCGCAAGUUCAUUACGCUAAUGGACGAGAUGUACGGUGAGGGGUGGUUCUUCGUCGGAGAGUUUUGGAAAGACAGUUUGUCGGACAUGAGUGCGUACUUGCAGCGCAUGGGUAAGAAGUUCAGCUUGUUUGACGCGCCAUUGGUGUAUAAUUUUAGCAAGUUGAGCAAGACUGAGGGAGGGGACUUGAGAAAGGUCUUUGAUGAUACGCUAGUGCAGGUCGAGCCUAUCAAUGCUGUGACUUUGGUCAUGAACCACGACACUCAACCCUAUCAAGCCCUUGAGGCUGCCAUCGAGCCCUUCUUCAAACCGCUAGCUUACGCUUUGAUUCUCUUGCGUGAUCGCGGCUACCCCUGCGUCUUCUAUGGUGAUCUCUACGGUAUUAAAGGCGAGCACCCAUUCCCACCUUCCUGCGGAGGUGCUCUUCCAUCCCUGAUAUUGGCCCGUAAACUUUAUGCCUAUGGUAAACAAGCCGAUUAUUUCGACUUUGCUACCUGCAUUGGCUGGGUUCGCUACGGUACCUGGGACAAGCGAUUCGGAUGUGCCACAGUCAUGAGCAAUGCCGGACCUGGUGAGAAGAGAAUGCACGUGGGUGAGAUGCAUGCGGGGGAGAAGUGGACGGAUGUUCUUGGAUGGGGAGAAGGGGAAGUGGAGAUUGAUUCCGAGGGAUAUGGGAUGUUUACUUGCCCUGGUGUAAGCCUGGCUGUCUGGGUGAAUAAGGAAGCGGAGGGCAGAGAUCAGUUCGGGAAGUUUGACAGUGAUAUCUACAAAACAUAG